CGUGUCUCCGUGUUUAACAGCAGUUAGACUGAAACGUUAGCGAGCUAAAGUUAACUACGGAUUGUUUUACACGAUGGAGACUCCUGAAAGUACAAACCUGACGGUGAAAAUAACUGUUCCCCGGGCAAGUAACCUGCCCAGCAGAGGUGACAGCUUCCAGAGUUUUCUGACGCUUGGGAUCGAAGGAGCUCUGCUGGGAGAGUCGGACAGGAAGCAGGUCGAUCCUGCAGAGCAGCACGUCAACUACGACUUUACCUGCAGCUUCCCCUGCCUGAAUGAUGCUGAGGCUCUCAGCGACAUCGCCCAGAAACUGAUCAUACUGACAGUGAUGGAGGUUCUUCCUGAGCAGAAGAAAGGUGAGGUGAAGACGGCGCCGCUGGGCCAAGCUGUGGUGGACCUGCUGCCGCUGCUGAAAGGUCAGAGCAGCUUUUACUCCACAGUCCCAAUAAAUCCAACCUCAGCCAAAGAGUCCUCCACCAACUACAGCCACAAGCCGUCCCUGGAUGUGUCUGUCAGCGUGUCGGAGCCGUUGCUGCCCGAAGCCGAAGUCUCAGCCUCCAACCUGCUGAAGGUAACCAUGGAAACAGCCUUCUCCGUCCCCGAGGCCUGGAUGCGGCCGUCAGGUCCAAAUCCGUGUACGUACGCUGCUGCCCUGGAGCUCCCGCUGACCGCAGAGAAAGACCAGGUGCUGCUGUUUUAUGAAGGGCAGCUGAAGGCAGGAAAAGAGAAAGAGGACAAGAACCGACAGAAGAAGUGGCCUCAUCGGGCCUCGCUGGUUCCAGAUAACCACUUCAUCCCCGGAGCAUUUUUCCAGUCGGAACCAAUCGAACAGGAAGACGGAGAGCUGACCGGCGUAGAGGAUCGAGCGUUUCGUAACGAAGCAGAGACCAAGAGGAACAGAGUGAGCUGGGACACUGAGAUGUGCUGCUUCAUCGAUGCAGGAGGAACCAGCAGGCUGUAUCAGAGGAUCAGUGAGAGCAGACUGUGGCCGGUGGAGGUUAUGAGGUCUCCGGUUCCACUGGCAAAGCUCGGUGAAAACACCCCAGAGAUUCCCUUCCACGGCGUUGCGUUCGUGGACAUGGGGAAGCUGCUGUAUCCUGGAGUCAAACGCAUCCGAGGAGCGUUCAGCGUUCAGCCGUUCACCGAGGCCGAGCUGCUCAGCAAGGCCAAGCGGACUGUCAGCGUGUUAAAGGAUCAGGUGAAGGCAGCGGCCAGCAAGGCCAAAGCUCGAGCCAGGUCAGCUCUCAGCACCGACAAAUCGAAGGCAAUGAAGAACCUGGACGGAAGCAACAAGGGGGCAAAGGAGCCGGGCAGAAAGCAAACUGUCAGUCAGAGCAGGGCGGCUGUGGCCAACAGCAUCACCGAAAGCCUGUCCGAACCCAAUCCAGGGGUCAACACAGAGGGAAAUAUGUACACGGCGGCCAGGACUUAUAUUAUUAUUGAAGUAGCCCUGGAGAAAGCUCUGGUCCCCAAACCGUCUGCAGAGGAGUUGACUAGAAGGAUAAAAGCGCUGAUCCCACCCAGACGUCCACUGACACCGGGUCCAAGCAAAGCCGAGAGAGCGGUGAUGGACUUCCACAGGGAGGUUAACAACACGGUGACCCACGUUUCAGAGCAGUACCGGGAACUGUUCGGUCCUGAACCGCCGCAGAACUGCAGCCGCGAGCAGAUGAAGGUUCAGCUGAUGGGAGCCUUAAAUGUCUCCGGGAGAUACUUCAGCCUCAAGGAGCAGAUGAAGCAUGCGGUGGUGAAGAUUGUACACGACAAGAUGCAUCAUACGGAGCCUUUUACGGACCCCCACCACCUGAAGACGUUUGCCAGCAAACUUUACGUGGACCUGGUGGAUGAGAUGCACGUAGCUCUCAACAAGAUUUAUUCCAGCGAUGUUCCUGAAGACUCCUCAGAUGAAAUCCAGUUAAACUCUUCUCAGCUCAGACAUUUUGCCAGAGAGGCUCAGCUCACAGGGAAUUAUCAGCAGGCUGCUCAGUACUAUCAGGAGCUGGUGGUGAAGCAGCCCAGUGAGCCCUCCCACAGGUUCGACUGGGGAAGUCUGUACAUGCUGACCGGCGAAUACAUGAAGGCUAAAGAGUGUUUCCACGACGCCCUGUCCAUCCAGCCGACACACAAACCCAGCCUUAUGAUGUGUGGAGUCCUGGCCGUGAUGUUUGAACACUACGAGGAGGCCCACACCUUCCUGGAGCUGGCCGCCAGCUUAGACCCUCCCAGUGUGGCGGCCUGGAUGCUGCUGGGUUUGCUGCACGAGGGUCAGAGUGAAUCCUUCCUGGCUGAGAGAGCUUUCCUGGAGGCCAGGAGAGUACUGAAGCAAAGCCAGAAACAAGACGAGAAGAAAUGCAAACAGGAGAAAGAUGAGGAGAAUAAAGAGGAGGCAGCUUCACCUGCACAAACUCCCACUGAGCACCAAGAGCCAGAGAUCGUUGACCAGGACUCAGAGAUGCACAAAGAGCCUCCAGCUCAGAGCUGCAGCUCCACACCGACUCCAGCCAAGCUCCCCUCUGCCGUUUACUGUGAGACGCUCCAGUUCCUGCUGCAGAACAACGCCCUGCAGAUGGCAGAACGUGCUCUGUCCCAGGAGCUGCUGUGUUCAGACGGAGGUCGUAGCGUUUCCUACCUGCUUCAUCUGACCGAGCUGCAGCUGCUCAGAGCAGACUACUGCAGUGCUGCUGCCAGCCUGCAGGAGGCGCUGCUUUGUGGAGAUCAGGAAGCAGCUGUGUGGAUUCUGAACGGCCACUGUCACUACCUGCAAGGUGCGUUCAGCGACGCCCAGCAGAGCUACGAGUGGAGCCUCACCUUCCUCCAGCAGCCUUCAGACGUCCACAUCGUCCUCCUCCGCCUGGGAUCCAUCUACCUCCUGAAGAAGGAGUUUGGAAAAGCCAAAGUUGUGUACCUGCAGGCCUGUGAACGGUCUCCAUCCUGCCUCACCUGGCUGGGCCUCGGCAUCGCCUGUUACCGGCUGCAGGAGCUGAGUUUAGCAGAAGAAGCUCUGACUGAAGCCAACCACCUGGACAACCAGAACCCAGAGGUUUGGGCUCACCUGUCUCUGCUCUGCCUCAGGACUAGAAGACCAGAAGAAGCAGAGCUGUUUCAUAAACAUGCUGUCAGGUUCAACCUGCAGAAUGAAUCUCUGCUUAAAGAGUUUGAUGAACUGAAGGACAGUUUUCGCUUCCAUCAUCUGGCGUCUUGUUUCCAAAGCAGCGGUGAAGCAGAGGUUAAAGCAGCUUUCUGUUGUCGUUAACGGACAUCCAGCUUUCAGCUCUUCGUGCUGCACAACUUAAUCUUCUUACAAACAUCCAAACUGUUGUUGCUUCACUGUCAAACCACUCUUUAAACUCUCCCAUCUACCGCCUCAGAUGGUUUACUACUGACACCAAACUGUAGCUACAACACAAACCUGGAAGAGGAGCUGGAUUUGUGAGGCUGAGGUCGUGUUUUUUCCUCCAAACGCUGCAGAACGACACUCCAGGCAGCUCAGAGAGCAGCAGCAGAUUGACAGCUUGUGUCCCAGCAGCAGCUUUUAUCCCUGCAGCUCUGGAGGAGGCAGGAAACAGAUUUCUGCUGCUUGAAUGCAGCUCACAGGUAGCAUGUGUAGGGAAAAUUAUGGACAUAUUAUGGUUUUCACUGCAGGUUUGAUGGAUGCUUCUGCAGAGAUAGACGUUGCAUCUGAUGAAUCUGGUGUUUCUGUUCAAUUGUGGGUUGACUUUCCUCUUUUAUUUUUAUUUAAUUGCCUAUUGUGACCUUCUCUUCUUACUUUAUUUGCAUGCCUUGAUCAAAAUUUCCCUUUUCUGCCUCAUCCAACCCUAAACUUCCACGCUAAAUAAUGUUCUUUGGCUCUCUGGUCUUUAUUUGACGUUACUGCAGGUUAAAGCUGCAGGAAUGUGUUCUAAGUGUGCACACCUAGAGCUUUUUCAGUCCCAUUUCCCUUCCAGAUUACGGUAAUGCUUCUGGGAAAGACGUCUGGAGCGAAGCCAGAAGGAAAAUACUGCCAUCGAAUGGUCAACACGUGUCACUGCAGGUACAGGAAAUAAAUACACUGUCCUGCAGAUUAAACCAUUCAGACACAAACAUAAACAGGACAAAAUAUAUAGAUAAACAUAAUAAUAAUAAUCAUAAUAAUAAUAAAUCAUUAAAAAUGAAUAAUUUUGGACAUGAUAUUGAUCAUAAAAAUAGCAUAAAAAUAAAAUGUGUGACGAGAAAAUUGCAUCAUUUUACUGUUUUUAAAUCAGAUUAAACGUGUAUUUAUUUUACAGAUACUUUCUGAUAUUUACACCAUUGUUUUAAAAAACAAACAAAAAUAUUUUUCACAUUUUUUUCUGUAAAUAAAUUGUGCCCAUUCAUUUUGUUUGCUUAUUUUCUCUAGAAACAGUACUUUUAUUA